AUGGAGCAGUUCAGGGAGGCAACGGAGGACUGUGACCUCCAGGAUUUGGGAUAUGUGGGGGAUGCGUUCAAUUGGCGCAACAACCACCACAAUGCGGGGAGUUAUAUUAGGGAGUGGUUGGAUCGGGCCCUUGCUAACACAGCAUGGAGAUGGAAAUUCCCUCUAGUCCAGGUUAUCAACGACGAUCCAAGACACUCAGAUCAUAGACCAGUGAUCAUGGAGGUGGGUGAGAGGGAGGUUUGGAGAUGGGAAAGUCCAGGAGAGGUUAUGAGGAUUUUUGAGGCACGAUGGCUGGAGGAGGAGGACUGUGCAGCUAAAGUGGAGGAGGCAUGGGGUUCUGCCCUAAUUGAUGGCACCACCACUCUUUUUGAGCUGCAAGGUCAUGUGCUGGGGGAGUUGUGGGAGUGGGACCGAUCAGUUUUGGGGAGCUAG